AUGAUUUCUAAACGUGAAAGGCUGGUUACAGACUGGAGUUCUGAGGUCCUCACUUAUCUCCUUGAAAUUGAACAAAAGCUGCCCCGAAUGGGCAACUUUUUAAGAGAAAACCAAGAAAUUGAAGUCUGGAUGCACGAUAAGCUCGUCAAUUGAAUAGUGAAUCACGCAGAAGAAAUCGGGGCCAGCGUCGAAACAAUCCAGCUUGCCAUUACCCUCAUAAAUCGCUUUUUAUCCCAAGUCAAGACCAAAAAAGCAGUCCUACAAUUAGUCGGGAUUGUUUGCUUAAUGGUCGCUUUGAAGUUUCAUGAAAGUGUCAUGUAUACUUUGGAGCACGCAGUGCUCCACACAAGCAACAUGUAUAGAAAAGAAGACAUCCAGACCACUGAGCUAUUUGCCUUACAAAAGUUCGGCUGGACUUUAUCAUUCCCUACAGCUGCUGAAUUGUCACGACAAUUGUUGUAUGUUACUGGCGUCGAAUAUGAUUUUUCAAAAAUUCUUGAUAGAAGUGACGCUUUUGCGAUGAUUUGUUAUACGGAUUAUUAUUUGUCACAAUUUUCGGCACUUGUCAUUGCGAUUGUAACUCCCCCCCUCCGUGAGUGAACAAAACCAUUAGAAAAAUCCCUAUUUUUUGCCCAAAAACCCACCCUCCGUGAGUGAACAAAAUUUUUUUGUCCACUCACUGAGGGGAGUAAGUGUAAUUUGUUCGCUGGAGCAGCAUGGACAAAAUGGGUUUAGGAAUCAGUGAUUGAAGUUCUUGAACUCGAAAAUUGAGCUGGAUGUAGCAGAAUUAGAUGAAUGCAAAAGAUCGCUGGUGAGAAAGCUAUAUAGAGAAACGCCUGACCCACACAGAAAUAAGUUGCAAUGUUUACUGCAAGAGUCAUUAAUGAGCUUGAUGCAGGCAAUAAAUCAGAGUUAA